UCUGUCCCCGACAUGGGAGGAAUAGUUGACAGCGCACGUCGGAGCCUUUACGCAACACAGCUACAAUGUAAUGGACUUUUAAUUUCAAAACUCAUUUAAAAGAGUUGACAAGCCGGUGCAGCAACAACAUAUUACCUUAAACUAACCGCUGACGAUGGUGUCCUUUGAUAAAUAUUGUUCCUGACAAGCUUAACGUUACGGACAUCAACAAUCUUGCGCGAGCCUAGUAGCUGUAAAGCUAGCUAUCUAGUCAGUUAACGUUAGCUUCUUAGCUAACAACACUCCCCUAGUCGCCGGCUAUUUUUAGUGCAAUUAGGCAGCUAUUUCCAGACCAAGGCGUCACCCUCUUACGACCUGUAAAGUCAUUAUUGUCUCCCAUGAUCUCGUUAAGUUAGCUAAUAAUUUGUACAAAAUGUCAACGACAUCGUUGGAUAAGGAAUUGCAAGAGCGCUUGAGAGAGGCGUCUGCGAUUGGAGACAUCGACGAGGUGCGGAUUUUAGUGGAAAGCGGAGUAAAUGUCAACUCUCAAAACGAAAUAAACGGAUGGACAUGCUUGCAUUGGGCAUGCAAGAGAAACCACAAACCGGUUGUGUCGUACCUGCUGAACUCUGGCGCUGACCAAGAGAUCCUCACAGCUAAAGAUGAGCUGGCUGUCCAGCUGACCUCUAAGCCUGAAAUCAGAAGACUGUUAGGAGUUGAGGAGGAGGAAGUGCCUGAAAUCAAGGAGCCUGAGUUGCCAAUCAUCCCAAACUACCUGUCCAACCCGCCAUUCAUGUACAGUAAGAUGGACAACAAGGCUGAGCUCAUAUUGGCACAGUUGACCCAAAAUGGCAAUGGAGACCACUCAUCAGAUGACCCACACAGCGACUCAGCUUCCCUGUCGCCCACCCGCGAGCAACAGCUGCCUCAGCAACCGCAGAGCCUACUCUCUGACACCCCGAGCCCGAGAGAGGGAGCCUUCAUUCCAUUGGCGCAGCAGAACGGAGUGUCGCCGAGCCCCACCUCGUCUCUCACCAUCAACGGAGGCCUGCCUAUGGACCUCUCCAUGGAGCCCCACCUGGUCAGCCACGGGGAGUACCCACACUCGGUGGCCCAUAAUGGGCCUGUGUGCUCUCCUCCUCUGCCCUCCCCCAGCCCCAGCACCACCAGCAGUAGCAGCCAAGCCCAGUUGGCUAACGCUAACCCAUCUAUGACCCGGCAGCAGUCCCUCCCUCAGCAGCUCAACUGUGGCCAGGGUGCUGGGGGUAACAUGCCUGCCUUCCAGCCUUUCUUCUUUACCAGUACAUUCCCUGUCAAUGUGCAAGAGCUGGUCCUAAAGGUGCGCAUCCAGAACCCCAACGCGCGGGAGAACGACUUCAUCGAGGUGGAGCUGGACAGACAGGAGCUGACCUACCGCUCGCUGCUCCGGGUGUGCUGCCGCGAGCUGGACAUCAGCGCCGAACACGUGGAGAAGAUCCGCAAGCUGCCCAACACCAUGCUACGAAAGGACAAAGACGUGGCUCGGCUGCAGGACUUCCAGGAGUUAGAGGUGGUGCUGGAGAAGGCUGAGGGCCUGGCACUCCUCUCUGGGGCGGGAGGCCUCACUGACAGACCCUGCUACAACAUGAAGGCUUCCAGACUCACCUACUAGAGACCAACAGGACUGACAGACACCCAGACAAACCCUGAUGUCCAUGUGGACCCUACUAGCUCUCUAUUGGCCGUAGUAGCCACUAUCGUUAUUAGUCAAUUUCAUUGCAUUAUGAUCCGGUGUCGUUCAGCCAGCGUUAUUGGGGUUUGUUUAAAAAUCCUGUUGUGUUAGCUAGGUAACGUGGUCUCCCCGCCUGUCCUUGCCUUGCUCCCUGCCAGUCUGUCCCCAUGCAGCGCUCGCUAACCAAUUACUCAUGCAUCAUGUCCUCAGUUCUAUACUGAAGAAUUUGGGCCUCCUUCCCUCUCUCACCCCUCUUCUCUUCCCUCUGUCCCACUCUCUCUCCUCCCUCUAGUUUGUGUUGUCGGGCUACAGUGGAACAUUGGCGUUGAGGGACAGUGACAGUCUUCCUAGAUGGCUGUAGAUGGAUCCCUUUGUACUGGGCAUUAGUCAUACAUGUACUGUGGACCUGGCUCCUGGAUGAUGAGGGGGUUGAGAAGAGUAGAGGCCAUUUGAACAGCUCUUCUGAUAUAGAGCUAUGGCUCUUAUUAGUCCUACAUGGGCGGCUUAUUACAUUGUUGCGACACAGCUGACUUGCACACAGCGACAUGCAGUACUGCCGCUUGCUUAGUGGACAUGACAGGUGGCUGCCGACGUUCCAACUGGCAUCCACACACAUGCUGCAGACUGUACACACGCGCGCACACACACACACACACUCAGUCAUACUCCCACACUUCACUGAUAUUUCCAGUUUUUCCUUCAGUGGUUGCUCAUGUUAUCACACUAUCCUGUUUAUUUGUUCUUAGGUGCCUGAUGGAGCUAUUUCCAGAGAUGUUGCUGUGUGCUACUGAGGUUUGAUCAUCUAAGAGGGAGUGGGGUGUGAGUGUUGUCUCUUGCCAAUUGAGAAGUUUUUGUUAGUUUCGUAGAACUGUUUGUUGUUAUGUGCUUAGUAAGCAAACAGAUGCUUUAAGUUUCAUCCGUAUUGUUAAGACAGUGGGUCUGUUUGUUAAAGAACUCUCUUUGUCAGUUGGAAGAUAACAGCCUUCUAACAGAUGCUACGGUUAGCUAGCUCCACAGACACCGUCUGGAUUUCAAUCAAUAUUGUUUUAACGUUUACUUGCUGAAACAAAACUCAUUUAGAUGAACAUGUAUUUGGUUCAGGGGCAAUAUUUAAAUGUUUUACAGUUUGGUUGAAUGUUUGUGUGUGAGGGGUUCUUUUCAAUGUGACAGUUAUUGGCUAUAAUAUUCAACUGACACUUUCAGCUGUGAAUGAAUUGAAUGGUAGACCGUUCCUAUAGAGUUCAGGUAUUAUUGAUUUAAGCAGAAUCCGCUAGGUGCUCUUUAGGGGAAGUAUAUUUCAGCUCAAGUAGAGGUUCCCUUAAAAUGAGUAUGUUAAACCGUUUCUGGAUCGCUUCACUUAAGAUACUUCCAUUUACUGUGAUUAGAUCAAAACCAAAUACAAACCUAGCCAGAAAUUGUCGGGUUCUCCACAAUACAUUAUCAAUCAUAAAUGUCCUAUUUUUGAAUUGCUGUAUGAAAUGUGUUUUUAGUUUUUUCGGAGCGAACUGAAUGACGUGGGCAAAGGACAGAUUGAAAGGAUUGUUUCCGUUUCAUAAGUUUGACACAGCUGUUAUGUUUGAGUGCUUCCAUAACACUUUUCCCAGCAAUUCUCCCCAAGCUGUUGCUUCUAUCAUACAGUGCAUUUGUCAUAAUACACAAAUUCAUACUGCUCUGUGAGAACGUUUUAAACAUAUAACCUACAUUAACAUGUAAGCUAGCUAGAGAUCAAAUGUUAGUUCUUGAGGGGUUCCCGGGUUUAACCUACUGACAUUUUACUUUUUUUAAGUUGUGGUGUUUGCUACUUAUUUGUUUGAGUAUAAAUGACGAUUCAUACACAAGAAUGCAAACGUUACUAUUGAAGCUGAAUGAGAGUGCAUUGAUUGAAAAGAUUACUGCUUAAAAUGCUUUGUGACAAACACAUUUGCUCAUAGAGGAAGACUUAGACCCUAACAUGUCCUACCAGUUCUUUAUGCUGGUUAACAUUACAUUCAGUUCAACGGUACAGUCAGUGCCCCACUACAGAAGUUUAUAAACAAUCAACAGUCAGUUACUAACAAAACCGUUAAUUGUUUACCGUUCAAAUGUAUACCUUAAGCUCUGACUGUCUUAGUAUGUUUAAUGAUUAUAUAUUUUUAUUAAUUUGUCAUUUCCUUUUUUAACGAGAAAUGUCUUUAGUUUGUAUCGAUGCCUACAAGUAUGGAAAGUGUUUAUCAAUGGGGGUGAAAGGGAAGGUAGGUUGCAGCUAGGAUGAAACCAAGUGUAAAGCCACAGUAUCUACUGUGUUGAAUGGGUUGAGUUGAGUGUAAAUGUUGAAGAAAUACAAGACUAACUUGAACAUGUCAAAUGGACUCUCGAGAGAAUUUUGUAUUUCUAACUUGUGCCACGAGCCCGAGAGGUACCUGGUUGAAGAAGCUGAACGAUGAUGUUUGAAACGCCUACGGUCAUUUUGUGCCCAGUGAAAGAGCACCAGUCUUCUAGAAUGUUCCAGAAUGAAUACUAGUUCUGUGCAAAUGGAUGACUAACAUUGUACUGAUUGAUUGCUCAUGUUCUAGAGGAAGAAUACAGUAACUUAACCUAUGCAUUCAGAGUCUGAUAUUUUUAUAUGUCCUGUGCACCUUUGAUAAAUUCCUUAUAGGCACUGUUUAACUUGUGUUUGAUUGUGAAGACCUGUACCUGUUCUUUGAUAAAGCAUGGUGGAUAACUUGA